UGUUUACGCGUAGACACUCACGAGAAGCCCUUUGCAUGUAGGUGCGGGCACAGGUUUUCGCGACAAGAUCUCUUGACCCGUCACCAUCGCCAGCAUCACCAGCAAGAAGAUGACGGCGAUACCGUCGCGCCCGACGACGCCUCGGACGCGACUUCACACGCGUCGCUCGAGUCAAACAUGGCCCAGACCAAGCCGCAGAUUGCACCCGCCAGUGACGGAACACCGCUGGAGAGUAAUGGAAAUGACCCAGACUCGCCACACGAAGCCGAGAGCCAGAUCCGCGAAGAGGAGAACGUUCAGCGCCCGCCAACCGAGCAGUUUUACCCAGAGCCUACCGCGGGAACUACCCAAGCAUUCGAGCUGUCUACCGCGUCAGAUCUCUUGUUGGGCACCAUGGAAGACGCAGAGGAGUUUGCAUUCUUGUGGAACGAUUUCCCUACCGACGAUCAGCCCCUCCCCGCAAACUUCUUCGACUCUGAUCUGUCUCUCGUGGACAUAUCGCAGCAAUAUGCCAUCUUGCCUCCGGUGAACCUCAUGGCUGGGGCCGUACCAACCGAGCACAACCCAGUAAUGUAUAUAGAGCAGCCGGUCCCUCUAGCAUCAGCAAGUGGCCCAGCGCAGUCUCAUUUGGCCGCGUCCCGGCUGCCGUCGCUGGAACCAACACAAAUUCCCAACACCGAAACCGGCUCUGGCUACCAAUCCUUCACUGUGGCCGCGCAUCACGCAGUAAUCUGUCCCUGGAGGAUAUCGUUGGAUGAGUACCAAAAGCUAUCCCAGGAGAUAUCUACCUAUGGCAACAUUAUUCCCUCGUCGUUUGUCUUCCCGUCGCGACAAACACUUUCUCGGUACCUCGAAGGCUAUUUCAGAGGAUUCCACGCGCACAUGCCAUUCCUCCAUACUGCGUCUCUUUCAGUGGAAAGCCUAGGCCUCGAGCUGCUACUGGCUCUCGCAGCUGUAGGUGCCUUGUACCGCUUUGAGCAUGCCAAGGGAUUUGAGCUGUACCGCGUCGCAAAAGCCCUCAUCAACUGGAAGCUGGACCAGAUCGACCAAGAGGCCUUCUCUCGCCUCACCAGCACGUCUCCCGGGUAUGCCGGGUUUGCGAACCCUCACAAGGGGCCUGGUAUGUUUGGAAGCCAGGCCUCCCACACCCCGCAAGAUGUUCCAUCCCCAGUGGUGUCUCAAGGACGCAAGGGCCUGCGGCUGCUCCAGGGCUUGACUGUUCUCAUGGCUCUGACUUCAUGGGGGGACCGGGCACUCGUGAGAGAUGGUCUGGCCAUGUCUGGACAAGUUAGCAUGCUGGUUCGCGAGUUUGGAAUUGGAUCCUCUGAGGAAAGGCAUCCGAGUGAGACAUGCUGGGACACUUGGGUCCUGCGCGAAGAGCGACGUCGCACACUCUUUGUGGCUUACAUUUUGUUCAACCUGCAAAGCGUGGCAUUCAACGUGCCUCCGAUGGUUUCGAAUCAAGAAGUCCGCAUCAACUUGCCCGCAUGCGCAUCAGAGUGGCAGGCCCCAAACGCCGAGAUCUGGAAGCACACGACUGCAGCCGAGUCGCUGAAGAAGCGGUCAUUCCAAAAGGUCUUGGACCAGCUGCUCUCUGGAGCCGCGAUCCAUCAUGAGGGACCCAUUUCUGCCUUUGGCAACUACACCCUGAUCCACGGGCUCUUGCAGCAGAUUUUCUUUGUACGCAAUGCCGCCAGCUGCCUCCCAGAUUCUACCACCUCACUUAGUAUGGACGUGGUCAAAAACAUGGAGGCCUCACUGCGAGCGUGGCAGGAAUCCUGGGAGGCAACUCACGAGUCGACGUUGGAUCCAUCGUCCCCAAAGGGCCCUCUAGGAUUCAACUCAACAGCUCUCCUUCGCUUGGUAUAUAUCCGGCUCAACGCAAACACAGGCCCAGGCCGCCAGCUGGUGACUCGCGACCCGAUGGAUAUUGCCCAGGCAUUCACUAAUGCUCAAGUCCACGUCUGUAACCGAUCGCCCCAUUUGGACCGCGCCGUCUUGCAAUGCAUCCACGCUCUCAGCAUUCCGGUUCGCGUGGGCAUAGCGUUCGUAGCCCGCACGCAGACACUCAACUGGAGCAUCCAACACUCCCUUUGCAACCUGGAAUGCGCCUUUCUGCUCACUCAUUGGCUACGAGCACUUGCUGCUGAUGUUGAAACUUCUGGGAUACACUCGCUCCGCCCAGACGAGCAAAAGCUUGUCAACAUGGUAGUCAGCCUUGUGCGGGAGACAGAAUGGACCGAAGGGCUCGAUGCCAGCCAGGGUCAUGCACAUCGUAUUCAAAGACUUGCCGCAUUGACUAUACGCAUCUGGGCAGAGACGUUCAAAGGAUUCCAGGUUUUUGAACUUGUGCAUAUGAUUGGUGCAGGGUUGUCUAUUGUAGCAGAUGUCCUCGAUCGAGAGUGAGGUAUGUCAACGGGAUGAGGUGCUAGUUUGUCGCUUGUCCUGUAUUACUAUUGUAAGAACAAGUCGGGAUGGUUUUCGGGGUACGGGUUUGACUAUAUUCAAUUGGCACCUACCAACUAUUGCAUCAUAUCAAUUACAAGUUUUCCUCCUAACCCUUGGUGACUCUGUACGACCAACUGGUUGAGCUGAUCAAAUGGAAACGUUUUGACCUC